CUGUACAUGGCAAUAGUUCGCGCUGAAAACAAACCGCUCCGCGACUUUCUAUGACUCUACACUUUCUGCAGAUCGAUAUAAAAUGGCAUCAAGCUAUGGAUCACUUGCCAAGGAGGCCAUUGUGCUGCUCGAUCAAUUCAGCACUGGCAGACAGAGUUUGGAUGACUUCAUUGAGGAGGCUUCAAAGCACCUGCAGAACAUGGAUACUCUGCAUAAAAAAUUCAUACUUGAUGUCGUUUCUGGAUGCGUUGAGCACAAAAAGUUACUGGACCUAGUGAUCAGUGUCUUCUAUGGCCAGAACUGGAAAUGCCUAUCUAGAGGUGAUCGCAGCCAGUUUGUCAUUAUCUGUUACCUCGCCACAUUUUGUCUUGAUGACCUUGGACUUCAGCAUUUUAGCAACAUUGUCAAAUCUCUGGACAUCAAGAAGAUGCACACAUUCCUGACUUUCUUCUUCACAAACCUCACCACGUGGAUACAAGAUGAAUGGAAUAGUAUCUAUGACGCUGCCUUUGUGAAGGAACACUUGAUCAGCCCUCUGCUAAGAUGGCGCCCUGAGAUGGAUAUUCUUAUGGACCAGCUUGCUGCCAAAAUAUCUUGUGGGAGUCAGGUGAAGAAAGCUCCCAUCAAAACCACGGAGCCCCAGGAGUUCUCUCUGACCAAACCUAAACCUCGACCUCUGCCUGUGCCUGAGCUCAUUCCACUGCAGGAAAAAUCAAAACCAGUACCAAAUAGCACAUACAAGGCUCCAAAAGAGAUGCAGAUGAUAGAGGAGAUCAAACAAAAGAACCAUCAAAAGACUGAGGAACUGCUCUAUGAGGCAAAUGUGAAACAAUUCAGAUGUGCAAACCCACAGAAGUCUGAACACACUAAGAGAGUGAUGUCUCAGAUUAAAGAGGACUUGGAUUCAAAACUCAAGUUCAGCUCAUGUCAUUCUUCUGGACGUCCCUCCAGUAAAAAGAAGGACAGCUGGCCCAUCAAGCUCAACAGUGCAGCCAUCCUGAGGCAGGGGGCACUGUACAACCGUCAGGUGGAGGAGGAGCUGCAAAGAAUAGAGCGUUUGGUGGAGGGGACACAUGAGCCGUCGUCUUUCCUCCAGUGGCAGAAGGAGAUGCGUGAGAAGGACCUUCAGGAGGAGCUGGCCAAGAUUGAGCGCAGGCGUCUUGAGGGACGUAUCAGUUACGAGGAGGCAGCUAUGGCCCGCACACGGCUGAUGGAACGCAACCAGAAGACUGCUCAGCAGAAGAAAGAAGAGACAGCUCAGCUGAUGCGGAGAUAUGCGGAAAAAAGGUUACAGGAGGAAAAAGAAAUGAGAGACUUGGUGCAACAAGUGGCAGACGGACACAAGAACUCAAAGACAGCUAAAGAGAAAUUACAGAAACUCAAGCAAAACAUAGUGAAAGAAGUGUCAGAGCAAAGUCGAGAGCUCCUUCGUCAAGCACUGGAGGAAGCACAAGCAGAGCUCAGCAGGAAAUUUGAGAUCAUCCGAGAAAUCCACGCCAUUGAAUCGCUUCCUCACGUUACAGUCAGGAAUUUUGAUGACACAGAGACUGCAGGCCACGAGCUGCUGGGAGAGAUGUCCCUGGUGGAACUGAAGGAGCGGUUGGCCCUCCUGAGGGAGGCGCAGCAAACAGAGCAGCAGGAGAAACGGGAGCAGAUCCUGGAGGAGAAGCAGAACAAGAGGCAGCUGCUGUCGGAGCAGCUGGACACCAUCACCCUCCACACGAGAGCGCUGGCACAGGCUGCAGCCAUCAGGAGAGAGGAGAGGAAAGCCAGGCUGGGUUUUCGGCAGGCGGCAUCUCAGGAUGAGACAGUUUUGGCUCUGCAGAAGAAGCUCGAAGAGAAACAACAAGAGCGCCAAAAACUGAAGCAAAUUGAAAGCAAGAGGGCCAAAACCUCCGAGCAGGCGGCAGCACACACUGUUAGAAACACAGGGACGCACAACAAAAAAAGCCUGACGCAGAAAAGCUGGGAGGAAUUGGAGCUGAGCUUAGAGCGUCAUAUCCAGAAGAACGCUCCUUAUGUUGUUUCUCACACAGAGACACUCAAGACAUAAAUAUGCGCAACAUGCUCCACAGGCCUGUGAAUGUUUCAUUUUAGAUCAGAAAGAUGAUUAGUUGUAUUUGCUGCGAGAAAUGUGUGGGAUGAUUAGCUUUUCCUCUUUUGUUAUGUUCUUAAUUUGACAUAUUUUGCAUUAGCAUUGCUGGAGAAAACGUCUGGUUGCCACUAUGAUUUAUCACCACAAAUGAACAAAUUGUUAUUAUUGAAUUCCAUCUGAGUGAUCAUCCAGGGUUGUUUAUAAUUUAAGUGUUCAUUGUUGUGUGUGUGAGACAUGAAA